UGGCCCAAACGAAACCAACCGACAGACUCCGACUCCGUCUGGUGUGCCGCUUGCUUCAAACGUAAAUCUUACGCGAAGCCAGAAACUUGUGUUCCGAGCGGCACUCCGUGAGAGCCUAGGCGCAAUUCAUGUGAUGUAGAACAUAUUCACGCGCGUACGUGUUUGGCGAGGAUCUCCGGCGAUCGGAUCUUCGCGAUCGCGGUGAGGUGCCCGCGUUGUUGUUGUUGUGGUUGCGCUGAGAAGAGUGGUUUUUCAACAUUUUUCUUUCGGUGGCUUUCUUCUUCGGAGUGAGGCGUGAGGCGCAACUUCGGCAGGGCGCUUGUGUACGUUACAACAGCGGUACGCGCAUUCCGUACCGGGGGAGUUGCAGACAGCAGCCGCGAAGCAGAUCGCGUUAGUCACCUGUGAGCGCUUGAAUCCGACGCACUGUCGUCAUCGGACGGGAUAAAGUCUGCAGCCGUUCUCACACGCGAACGAUUCUUGGACAUUCGAUCGAACGAUUCGAACGGUCCCGGUAGAUCCAUCCACCAGAAACGGGAUCAGUGUCAAUUAGUGUUACGCUUUCGGUGCACCCGGUCUAAUGGAUGUUCCAGUGCAUGGUUAAAUCCGGUGGGCAGAGUUGUGGUUUGUCAAGUGAGAGUGGCAAUAAUUCUGGAAGUAAACCAGAUAUCGUCAGGAACGAGAAGUGGGGCAACCAAAAGAAGUGGUAGCAAAAAAGUGCCGUUAGAUAUUUGCGCCGGUCGAAGAACGUGAAUCGCGCGCGUCUGUGGGUUAUGUUGCGCAGCGCGAAAUAACUUGAAGCAAGCAGCAAUUUCGGUAGAGAUUUUUAAACAGCCCAAUUGCUGGCGAUCGGUACAAGCGGGGAAAAUUCCGUUUGUUUUAUGUUUUUUUGUUUUUGCUUCUUCGGAACACAACGUGUAUACCGCAAAAAUUGACCGCAUCGUAAUUGAAGGUAGCCGUUGAAAAUUGCUCAUCUCGAGUCGAGGCGCGACAAAUUCGGCGCGUUCAAUCGAAUCAUAAAACUCGGCACGCGGAUAGGUGCCUAGAUAACAAGAUUAUUUGAGGAAUUGUUUCGAUGGUGCUUUUACCUAAGUGUAAUACGUUAUGAAGAGUAUAUGGCACAUCGUGUAGUCGCUAACUUUUUUGCGGCUGAUGCACUGUUGGGAGUCGACCCACUUCCUGUCGUGUGUACGAAGUGCAAGCAUAAUAGAUGGUGGUGAUCCACAAAGGGGUGAAACAGAGUGCAACUAAAACAUACACAGUCUGGGGAGCUGAACGAAGGCAUUUUGUCCACGCUGCGGCGAGGAAGAUGAUCGUAAAAAAGUACAAAUGAAGAGAAAAAAUUAAUGAUAAAUAAAAACAAGUGAUUAAAGUUAACAGUUAAAUUGGAAAUUAUCGUGCGGUGCGGCCCGUGAAAUACAUGUGUUUCGGAAGUCAGUGAAUGUGUGAAAGCUGUUAAGAUCUUUUAUGUGCCCAUUCGGAGACUGGGAAAGGCUCAUCCCCACGGACAACCGGAGGAACCGAGGUGUACGUAUGUGCCGAUGCUUCGGAGUGGACGCAAUUGGUGUUUUACAAUUUAAUUCCAAUGCGAUGGGAUUUUGAGGGCCGUCGGAAUAUCCAAUCAAUCAUCACCUCGCUGGAAGAGACGAAUGCUCAUCGGACGGAUAUUGACGCAUCAUCGAAAAAUAAAAAAGACCGACUGAAUGAAAAGAUAAAACAAUAUAGAUUCGGAUAUCUUGAUCAAAAUGACCAUAAAAGUGCAUCGCGAGCAACAACAGCUUCUUCAGUCGGCACAAGUGCAUCAGCAGCAGAAGAAAAACCACCAGCAGCAGCAUCACCAUUGGGACUAAACCCCCCGGAACACGUAUGAACGAGAGAAGAAAAAAACAAGAACAAGAGCAAUUAUCGAGCGUGAAAUAGUGCGCAAAGAGAUCCGCGAGCCAAUCAAAGCGAAUGAACGUGAAUCGUCCCAAUAACUUUCCCGCGAGAUCCGGUGCCGAACGGACCGAUCUCAGUUAGUCCACGCGCCGUGUUAAAUUUUUAUUGUUUGUUGUUUAUUGUUUGUUUUCGUUGGUUUGCCUUUGUUUUCACUGCUGCUUCGGCAGUUAGUUUGUAGUUGUUGUUUAGUUGACUAGUGAAUAAGUGUUAGCCAAAAUGAAAUCGGUUCGAAAGUUAAGUUUACUCCUUUCGGCGCUGCUGCUCAUAAGUUUCACAACGGCCCAGUGUCCCUGGCAGCGAGAGGUGCCCGAUCUCCAAUCGUCGUGUCUAUGUGCCUAUAACCUCGGACAGGAACUGUCCGUGCAAUGUGAUCAGGUCGAAUUCCCGGUGCUCGUUGAAGCCUUAGAUAAGUACGCCCGGGAAAGUCCGCUUGAUCUGCUGUAUGUUAACAAUUCGACCAUUGACAAGCUCGAGGCGGGCGUUUUCGAGAACCUCAAGCUGUACAAUGUCCAGCUCAGCAGCUGCGACAUCCGCAAGAUCGACGACUUCGCGUUCAGGGGACAAGAAGACAUACUCAAGAAUCUCAAUCUUCAGGAUAAUCUACUUGAAGAGGUGCCCAUCAAGGCACUCAAAAUUCUCAACAUUCUAAACUUGUUGGAUUUGUCUAAAAAUCGAAUUCACACCAUUCCCAACGAUGCCUUCAACGGCUUAACCAAGCUGUCUACGCUUAAGCUGAGCGACAACAAUGUAACUUUGGCUCCGUUUUGUUUCCGGGGUCUUGAGUCAAGCCUGAAAAAUCUGAAUCUCAAAGGUACCAAGCAGAAGCGAGUUCCGGAAGCGGUGCGCGGCUUGAAAACACUUGCCUUCCUGGAUCUGUCCCAGAACGGCAUCCGAGAGUUACCCGGAGUGGGCGGAAUGCGUACCUUCGACGGGUUAGACGCACUGUCCGCACUCAAUUUGGAACGUAAUCUGAUCCAAAGUUUGGGCGAAACUGCCUUUUCCGGUAUCCGGAAGUCCCUGAGCUCGCUGAGCUUGCUGAACAACCUCCUGGCGGAGUUCCCCGUAGGUGCUAUCCACUCGUUGCGUGAGCUACGAGUGCUCGACAUUGGUUUCAAUUUGCUCACCGCCUUGCCAGAGACCGCAUUCCGUGGCAAUCCAGCCGUAACGCUGCUUGCCCUCGAUGGCAAUCCCCUUCCAACAGUGCCUGAAAAAGCCCUGCUACAUUUGAACCGAACCCUGCGGGGACUAUCGCUGGGUGGCAGGUUUCUCCACUGUGACUGCAAGCUGCGAUGGGUCGCCGAGUGGAUCCGAAAUGGUGACCUACAAGUAACAUCCCGCGAGCGUAACCCACAAUUUUGUGGAUCUCCAAAUCGUUUCCGUGACCGUGGCUUCUACUCAAUACAACCGGAAGAGUUAACUUGUCCGGAUGCGGAAGUCAGCAUCGAAGGACCCGUCGGACUUGUUGACUCGCUUCAACUGAAAACAACGACUCCUCCACGAGUGACGACAAUUAUCACAACACUCCCACCGAUAGCGGCCGGGACAACGAACGCCACGACCAGUAGCAGUACAACUGCCCUGUCAACGCCGCCUCCGACAACAAUUCCUCCUACCACUGCCCCAUCCUCCCAAGAAACCUUUCCGUCAAGUUCAACAACCGAUAGCACAACCGCGCUAACGACAACGACGCAAUCCACGACCAAACAAAGUACGACUACGACUACCAAAGCUAGCGUAACGAAGAACUGGCGUAACAACAAUAACUCGCCGCCGCACAAGCAGAGGCCUCCACUGGUGCUAGGAUUCCCACCACAACGGGGAACACAGAUUGAUGACUCCAAGGAGGUGCAGGUCAAGAACGCCUUCAGUUCUAGACAAGACAGCUCGGUCAUCAUCCAGUGGGACUCGGACACCGCCAACAUCCUAGGCUUCCGUGUUGUCUAUCGCCUGUUCGGCGAUAAGAACUUCAAACAGGGACCACCGCUGGAGGCCAGCGAGCGGGAGUUCAAAAUCAAGAACGUACCGACGGCGGAAUGCAUCAUCGUGUGCGUCGUUUCGCUGGAGGAAAUCAACGUCUCGCCGGAAUCCGUCCCGUACAGUCAGUGUCGGGAGGUGCGAACCGUCUCUUCACCUGCGUCCAACAUGGACAAGAUCACGAUCGCAGCCAGUGCGGCGAUCUGUGGCACGAUUAUCGUGGCGGUGAUAGUGUUCAUUGCUGCCAGCAGGCGACGCUCGAAGAAGCUACAGUCGCUGUCCCAGCAGAAGAGUGCCCUCCCGAUCGCCGGCCUGCCGGUCAACUGUUGCGGCCCAACGCCCAGCCCGAACGGACCGCUCGGAUCGCUCGCCACCCUGUCCGCGUUCAACUCGCACAAGGACUGGGAUCAAGUAUCCGCUUACAGUGGCCGUUCGAUUCCUCGGCCACGGAUUUACCCCAUGGAGAAUCAGGCUAUUCCGGACGAUCUCCACAGUCACGUUUCGCACUUUUCGGCCGUCGGAGGCAAAGUCGGAAAGGCUCGGUCCAUCGCCGACGGACAGUCGCACCACAGCUACUCGAAUCAUUCCCAGCGGGGCUACCUCGGGUCGGCGUUCCCCAGCAACCUAGUGAACUCUCGGCCAGCAGAGCUUAGACAGUCACGUCAAUCGCUGGCGGCCGCAUCGGAACGCAUGUCGAGGGCUUCGUACGCCGGAUCCGUUGUGCACAGUGGACCAGCGCACAGUAUAGCGUCCAGCACACGGAGAACGAGACCAAGAUCGCGCUCACGGGAUCAGCUGAAUGGAGCCCACGUCCACACCCACCAGCACAGGCCCGGAAGUCGUUACUCGACGGCGGGCUCGACGCACACGCUGAACAACUACUGCGACACCUCGGACAACUGGACCGACCACGACAUGGACAUCUACAUGGCGCGCAACCCGACGGCCCGGAACGGGGGCGGCGGCAUGGUGCCAUUAUGAGAGUCACUGCUAGCCUCCUCCCCCUCCUGAUACUGUGACGUGGUGCUUGACAGUGGCCACCGCGAGCUCUUCUGACAUCGAUUCCCACCACCGGCGCCCAUCCAGAGCCAGCAAAAUGCACCGCUGGAACUGGACGCUCGCCGGUGGUGUCGGUGUGAAAACGGACCGGAUGGCCCCGAGUUCUACCAUCCCGAGCAUCCGCCUCCCCGUCAGCAUCACGGCACCAUCCAGCCGCCGCUGCUGCUGUUGAGGGAAGUAAACGGGUUGGACUACGAGCCGCCGCCGGACUACGAGUCCGAUGAGCAGGCGCAGGAGACCAGCCCGGUGGUGCCGACGCUGAUGAGGGAAUUGAGCAACACGUCAAAUUACAACAACUGCAACCAAGUGAGUUCUAUUUUCGCCCGAGGAGUCCAACCGACGGAUUCUAAUCCCGCGACUGGUCGGGAGACUUGUUUUGUCGAGUGGGAAAACUAUCGAAACAGAUUGAAGGAAAGUUUACAGUGCUAGGAAUUGGUCAUAUAGGUAUACUUAUGCGAAGAAGCUAGAGUUACGUGUGGAUUUUCUUCAUUUUUCGCUUCUCGCAUUUGUUUUCUACUGCGGAUGCAAUAACGAAAAAAAAAAUAAACAUGUCAAUAACAGUAAGGAAUCGAGCGAGAGUACGAGAGUGACGUAGCGAAUAUAUAUUUUUAUCAUAAUUUUUACUUUAGCAUAGCCGUCUGGGGGAUGGGAACCGUUACGAAGUAAGACACGAAGGCCACUAGAGAAUCCGAAGGAUACGAUGUUAUUUAUCUUGGGCGCUUCCCUAUUCGGCAGCACCUGCCAGCAGGAAUGUGCCGUUCAAUUUCUCCGUGUUCUCCGUGUGUGUGUGUGUUUUUUUUUUGGGGAGCUUACCGGUUUCAACAUCAUCCGUCAGGAUGAUGAGGAAAAAUGUGUAUUUUAUAGCUUUUUUGAAGAAAUUUGUAUAGUCGUUUAGAUCAGCAUCAAAAACACCCAUUCUCGUCAGGCGAAAGUCGUACCGAGGAGAUGAAUUGAUGGGAACGGCACGUGUGGCGUUCGAAUGAAUGCAAUAUGGGCGCUGGGGGAAAAACAGCAUAAAUUGGUUGAUAUACAAGCAUAAUAAAAAAAACCGAUAAAGUGCUAUCAGUCUCCAGCUCGGAUGGAACCAGGGGGUCGCGUUUCGAUCCUACCUGAAACUUCAAACAAAUAGUUUUCGCCUUUCGCCAAUGCACGGUGCACAGAAAGCCAGCGAGCAUGUUAGCAGAUAUUAAUUUCAGAAUAUAGAAAAAAGCAGGGUGUGAAGGGAACGGCAAAUGCAAUGAAAAAUGUCGAUGGAAUUAUAAUAAUGGACAUUCAUAAAAUCGAAAAAACUACCGCUGAUACGUCGACAUAAUAAAUUUUAUGCCGAACAUACGCGGGGAAAAACUACAAAAAUAAUGAAACCAACAAGCCAACCGGAAAAAUGCUGUAAAUAUCAAUUAAAUUUAGGUAAUCCACCAUAAAAUGAACCGCUAUUUAGUGGGUGGGAUGGGGAGAAAAAAUCUCGUAUACGCGACAUCAUGUUCAGGCGCACAACCUCAGACAACGACAGACCGUUGUCAAACCACUCCCCCGUACACCCGCACACACUCACUGCAGCAUAUUAAAAUGGUAACAGAUAAAUUAAAAACACUGCACAAGCACGGCCAGGAAUGCAAUAAUCGCACACACCAUUAGGGGUUCCGCCCCCGCUUUCAUACACAACCCGACAAACGGCACGCAAAAAUUGGUUUCGAUUAAGCUGCUUACUCAUGUGCGGCUCGCCGGAAAUCGAACACCGGGCAGCGGGACGUAUGCAUCAACGGGGAAAACAUGAAAAAUCAUUCAGAUGUUUUGUUGUUCAUUUCUGAAUGAUGAAAUUGUAUGGUUUUGACUUUUAUUAGCAACACAAAAAAUAUACGAUGUUUUGAAAUCAUUCACAACGCAUUCAGGGAACAGAAUUACGUUUUGGUGGUUUUAUUUUCAUUCCUCUGUUUCUGUUCAUAAAAAAAUUAGCUGUAUACGACGCAAGCGUUGCCACUCGUCCAUCUUAAAAUAGUCAUAUUUACCUAUUUGCAAUGAGUCAUAUUUACCAAAUUAGAAUCAUUUUAUAAUUUGUUUUUCUUUCUUCCCAGCGCAGAAAAAGUAGAAGAAUAGUAACAGUUAGAUUUAUAAUAUGUUAAAAAAUUUGAAAAGUUCUGAUUUUCUAUAUCCAAACUUAAGAGGAUCGAGAGAUAAUCUUUAAAAACUGUAAUUGAGCCCUGAGAUGAAAUUGAAUUGAUGGUUCAGAAAUGUUCGUCAUGCUCGAAAAUCCCUAUAUACAAAUGUGCAUGUUGAUCGAUUCACUAGUUUCCGAGUCUGUACAGAACAUAUAAAAGGUAAAGUGACCGAAUAUCGCCCAGUAGCCUAAGUUCGCCCACCUCGUUUUUUCGUCUGUUUAUGAUGCGAUCUGGUGGUAAAAAAUCACACUACUACCUUUAGUAAGUACCUACUCAUACCGAUGUUGUCGGGAUUCGUAUCACAUCAAGCAAAAAAAAAAUCGAGCAGAAGAAGAAAUCGCCUGUUUCCAAAACUUUUCAGAGUGAUUUGGAAAAAAAUUGUUAAAAAUAGAAAUUUUCAUAAAUUUGCAAACGUGAUACAUGAAAGUUGGAGAGUAUUAAAUGAAGUUUCCAAUCAUCGAUUAGCGGAUUCAAUAAAAGUAAGCUUUCAUAAUUUUUUUUCAACACUUUUUCAAAACACGAUGUUUGCCUAAUAUCGCCCACCCCAUGCCCCAAUAUCGCACAUCAAAUUUUGUAAUGUGAAAAAAUGCCAAUUUCGUGAGAAAUUUUAUUCCGAGGAUCAUAACGGAGAAUAUUGGGUAUCCUGUUGUAAAUGCUACCAGUGGGCUCAUGUAGAUCAUAUGCUGCCGUUGAAGAUGCAACGAAUAAAAAGAAUUACACGUGUACCACUUGUUUGAACAUGUAUUGAUAUGUAUUGAGUUUUUAAUCUAUAGAUGAUAAUAAACUUGUUUGUAGUAUUACAUUUUUUUAAUAAAAGAAAAUGGUGAGCGAUAUUAGGCACUACUUUUCAAAAAUUUCAAAUUUGACUUUUUUAGAAAAAAAUUAUAGGAGGUUGUGUCCAAGAUACAACCGCAUUGUUGACGUAGAACUAAGCUAUUAUUUUAUAUAAGUCGCUUGUUUCUAUCUUCGAAUAUUAUUCUGUGAAAUUUUAGAAAUAACUGUUUAGUAGAAUGGUUUGAUCAACCUGAAAUGUUUUUCUUUCACUGUAGAAUCAGUUGACGAUAAUUGAUUGAGGAUUCAUUCUUGUCGCCGCAGAACAAUUCACUAGCUGAUCGUAUUUCGCAUUUUUUUUUCAUGUCAAUGCACUGAAAUUUUACCUCGAACGCUAUUCCGGUGCCCUUUUUUGCAAUUGAUAUACACUCGGCUACAAGCGAUUAUAUACUUGUUGCACCAGCACCAUUAUUCCACAUCUCAUAACUACAUCAAUAUAUCUUUGAAACCGCAUGGAAACAAUGACAAUACAUGCAAGUAUAAAUAUUAAGCUACAUUUGAUUUAGUAUUGCCUCAGUGGAAUCGCACCUCUAGGCACCGUUCGUACAACGUAAACCAAGCGCCAAACAAGCGUUCGCCAUAGCAUGCAUACAGAUCCAUACAUUGGUGCCUUGAAGCUACUAGAAAUAUAAACAUUUCUCAUCAUUUUGCGCUAUUCUCAAAAGAUACGCUUCUGUUAAUAUUACUGGCCUCGAAAAAAGUUGCCUUACUUUCUUGUGCUCGAGAUAAGCGCAGCUGUUAUCCUUUGUGCAGAAAGUUUUGCUACUGGCUAACGAAACCAAAUUACAUACAAAAUUCCAGAACGACAUUUACUUUCUUGGUGACUAAACAAAUGAAAUAAACUAUUUCUGUUAAUCUCAACGAUCAGUAAUCUGAUUGUUGCACAUACGCACACAAACAUCCAUAUAUCGAUGGCUUGAAGCAACUAAAUAUACACACACUUAUCUCUCUUUUGCGCUCCGCUCAACAAAAGCCCUUGCUGUUAAUAUUGCCGGUCUAGAUUAUCUUAGCCAAAUCACAGACAAAAUUUCAGAACAUUUAUUUUCUUGGUGAGCCGACGAUUGUCUAGCUUGAUGAUUCCCCACACAAUUGUGUAGCUCAAAACAUUAAGGCAAUGGCGUCAGUCUGAUGCAAUGAUUGCAAUGACAGAUACAUCAGCGAGUGAGUUAUUUGAUCGCGUCCACAGCUCAGUCCCAAACGAAGACAUGUGAUGACGCAAAACAAGGAAGAACAAGCGAUGUUCAUUGCCUCUUAUCUAGAAUGAUAUUGAAAGCUUGCAUCAGCGAGAUCCAUUGUUUAUACUCUAGGCAAAUAUUCCUCUUAGUUCUUCUUCUUUUCCUUUGUUCACGGAGACUUUAUAUCUUACGAUUUCUCCUUCGUUGUUCGUCGAUAAGUUGCUCGUUAUUGACGGCACGGGUAGAAAAGCUCACAUAUCGGCAGAACAAAUGUAUGGGGAAAUGGAAACACUUAUACUUUUCAUCAAUUUUAACCAUUUGUCACCAAUUUUAACCAUUUGUACACCAGGGGAUUGUAAUGUAUAGCAUAUCAAA